AUGUCGCAAACUAUACAAUGUUCUGAAUUAGCAUCUACCGUUAGACAAUGUUCUGAAUUAGCAUCUACCGAUAGACAAUGUUCUGAAUUAGCAUCUAUCGUUAGACAAUGUUCUGAAUUAGCAUCUACCGUUAGACAAUGUUCUGAAUUAGCAUCUACCGAUAGACAAUGUUCUGAAUUAGCAUCUACCGUUAGACAAUGUUCUGAAUUAGCAUCUACCGUUAGACAAUGUUCUGAAUUAGCAUCUACCGAUAGACAAUGUUCUGAAUUAGCAUCUAUCGUUAGACAAUGUUCUGAAUUAGCAUCUACCGUUAGACAAUGUUCUGAAUUAGCAUCUAUCGUUAGACAAUGUUCUGAAUUAGCAUCUACCGUUAGACAAUGUUCUGAAUUAGCAUCUACCGAUAGACAAUGUUCUGAAUUAGCAUCUACCGUUAGACAAUGUUCUGAAUUAGCAUCUACCGUUAGACAAUGUUCUGAAUUAGCAUCUACCGUUAGACAAUGUUCUGAAUUAGCAUCUACCGUUAGACAAUGUUCUGAAUUAGCAUCUACCGAUAGACAAUGUUCUGAAUUAGCAUCUACCGUUAGACAAUGUUCUGAAUUAGCAUCUACCGAUAGACAAUGUUCUGAAUUAGCAUCUACCGUUAGACAAUGUUCUGAAUUAGCAUCUACCGUUAGACAAUGUUCUGAAUUAGCAUCUACCGUUACACAAUGUUCUGAAUUAGCAUCUACCGAUAGACAAUGUUCUGAAUUAGCAUCUACCGUUAGACAAUGUUCUGAAUUAGCAUCUACCGUUAGACAAUGUUCUGAAUUAGCAUCUACCGAUAGACAAUGUUCUGAAUUAGCAUCUACCGUUAGACAAUGUUCUGAAUUAGCAUCUACCGUUAGACAAUGUUCUGAAUUAGCAUCUACCGAUAGACAAUGUUCUGAAUUAGCAUCUACCGAUAGACAAUGUUCUGAAUUAGCAUCUACCGAUAGACAAUGUUCUGAAUUAGCAUCUACCGAUAGACAAUGUUCUGAAUUAGCAUCUACCGAUAGACAAUGUUCUGAAUUAGCAUCUACCGAUAGACAAUGUUCUGAAUUAGCAUCUACCGAUAGACAAUGUUCUGAAUUAGCAUCUACCCACAGCGAGUCACCAGCCCCAGCAUCGAUGAAAAGUAAUGAUGGUAGUAACUUCUUGACAGAAAAUACUCUUCGUGAUAUUAUUAAACAAGAACUUUCUACAACCAUUCAAAAACUUGUUACGGCACAGCUCAAUACAAUUAAUGAACAAAUAGCGGGAUUUUGUGAAUCUAUGUUGUUCAUAAAUGCGCAAUUUGAAGAGAUGAAAACUGUAAUUGAAGAAAAAUCCGCUAUUAUUAACAACUUAAAAAAAGAAAAUACUCAACUUCAAGCAUCAGUCAAGGACCUUAAAACCCGGUUAAACAUCGUAGAAUCACAUAUGAGAGAAUGCAACAUCGAAGUAAAUGGUAUUCCCGAACAUAAAGCGGAAAAUUUGGCAAACACUAUCGUGCAGUUAGGACAAGCUGUAAAAAAUUCGCUGUCAGUUGAUGAUAUCCAAUAUGUUACUCGAGUAGCUAAGCUGAAUAAAAAUACCAACAAGCCACGUUCUGUCAUUGUUAAGCUUCGUACCAUGAAACACAGAGAUGCUCUCCUAGCGGCUGUUGCUUUAUUUAACAAGAAAAAUCCUGAUGAUAAACUAAACUCUCACCAUCUAGGAAUUGGAGGAUCUAGAGUCCCAAUAUAUGUUUCAGAACAUUUAACUCCAGGAAAUAAAUCCCUUCAUGCCGCUGCGUGCAUAAAAUCCAAUGAAAUGAAAUAUCGCUUCAUAUGGAUUAGGAAUGGAAAAAUUUACGUACGCAAAGAUGAAUUUAGUCAAGCAAUUAUAAUAAAAAAUGAAGAUAGUCUUAAGCUCAUAAUUUAA